CUGUAUCUUUCAUCAAUUUGUUCUUCUCUAUUAGUUUAUAAUAAUACAUACAAAAACAAUACCUAUAUCCCCACCCACUUACACAGACCAUUUCCUCCAACACAAACUUUUCCUCCAUAGCAUCUGAAUCGGCGCAUCUCAAACUCAACAGGGAGAGUAAAAAGAUUCAACCUCUAAACCAGGUUUUCUCUCGGAGACUUUCAGUAUUAAGGGUUUCUUGUGGAACAAUUCUUAGGGUUUGUUAGGGUUCUUGAGAAAACUGAUGGGUUCUUAUUCUGCUGGGUUCCCUGGAUCAUUUGACAACUUCGAUUUCAAUUAUGAUGACGUCUUCUAUUUGGAUGAUCAAGCUUUACUAGAAAUCCCAUCUCCCUUUCCUCCUCCUCCUCCAGCUCCUCCUCAUCCGGAUCCAUAUUCACAUGCUGCUGAUGCUGAAUCUGAUUUCUCUGAUUCUGUUCUGAAAUACAUAAGCCAAGUGCUUAUGGAAGAAGACAUGGAGGAGAAGCCUUGUAUGUUUCACGACGCUUUGUCUCUUCAAGCAGCUGAGAAAUCUCUCUAUGAAGCUCUCGGCCAGAAGUACCCUGAUCAUUCUGAGCGGUUGGCUCAUAGUCCUGACGGUUCUUCUCCAGGUUAUGCCUCAAGCACCACUUCAUCUGAUUGGAGUUUUGAUUGUCUGGAGAACAGUAGACGACCUUCUUGGUUGCACUCACCCAUCCCCAACAACUUUGUUUUCAAGUCUACUAGAUCCAAUCCCAAGCCUUCUGGUGGAAGUAACGUGGCUCUCAAGUCAAGUUUUAAUAACGAUUUGGUUUCUAAUAUGUUCAACGACAGCGAAUUGGCGUUUCAGUUCAAUAGAGGUAAGGAGGAAGCUAGUAAGUUCCUUCCAAAGAGUUCUCAGUUAGUUAUAGAUGUGGAGAGUUACAUCCCACCAAAUGAUGAUCCUAAGGAGCAUCACUCUGUGCUCCCUUACAGAAGCACCGGUAAGAAAAAACAUUGGCGUGAAGAUGAACAUUUGCUGUCUGAAGAAAGAAGUAAAAAGCAAUCAGCUGUUUACGUUGAUGAAGCUGAGCUAUCUGAAAUGUUUGAUAAAGUUCUGUUAUUCGGCCGGCCUAAGGAGCAACCUCUAUGCAUUCUUAACGAUAACUUCAUAAAAGAAACCGCCAAAGAUUCAUCAUCAAGUUAUAAAAGCGACGCAACGCAACAGAAGCAUGCAGCUAGUGGUAACAGUUACAUGAAAGAGACACCUGAUCUGAGGACACUUUUGGUCUCAUGCGCACAAGCUGUGUCUAGUAAUGACCGUAAAAUGGCGGAAGAUUUGUUGAGACAAGUAAGGCAGCAUUCUUCAUCUCACGGAGAUGGCACAGAGAGGUUAGCUCAUUACCUCGCAGACAGCCUCGAAGCACGCUUGGCCGGGACGGGUACGCAGAUUUACACCGCCUUGUCUUCCAAGAAAACAUCUGCUUCCGACAUGCUGAAAGCUUACCAGACGUACAUAUCCGUCUGCCCGUUCAAGAAAACAGCCAUCAUAUUCGCUAACCACAGCAUCAUGCACUUGGCUCCUACCGAUGCCAAAACCAUCCACAUCAUCGACUUCGGCAUCUCUUACGGCUUCCAGUGGCCUCCUCUGAUCCACCGCCUCGCUUGGAGACGCGGUGGAUCGUGUAAGCUUCGGAUAACCGGUAUAGAGCUGCCUCAACGCGGGUUUAGACCGGCCGAGGGAGUUAAUGAGACGGGUGAACGGUUGGCUAGGUACUGUCAGAGGUACAAUGUUCCGUUUGAGUAUAAUGGUAUUGCUCAGAAGUGGGAAACAAUCAAACUUGAGGACUUGAAGCUAAGAGAAGGCGAGUUUGUUGCUGUGAACUCUUUGUUCCGGUUUAGGAAUCUGUUAGAUGAGACGGUGGCGGUCCACAGCCCGAGAGAUGCGGUUCUGAAGCUGAUCAAGAAGAUCAAACCAAACGUCUUCAUCCCCGCGGUCCUCAGCGGCUCCUACAACGCGCCUUUCUUUGUGACGAGGUUUAGAGAGGUUAUGUUUCAUUAUUCUUCUCUCUUCGACAUGUGCGACACGAGCCUGCCUCGAGGAGAUCCGAUGAGGGUUAUGUUCGAGAAGGAGUUCUACGGGAGGGAGAUCAUGAACGUGGUGGCGUGCGAGGGGAGUGAGAGAGUGGAGAGGCCUGAGAGUUAUAAGCAGUGGCAGGCGAGGGCGAUGAGAGCCGGGUUUAGACAGCUUACGCUUGAGAAGGAGCUGGUUCAGAAACUGAAGCUGAUGGUGGAGAGUGGAUACAGAAGCAAAGAGUUUGAUGUUGAUCAAGAUGGUAACUGGUUGCUUCAAGGCUGGAAAGGCAGGAUUGUGUAUGCUUCGUGUACUUUGGUUCCUAUUCUCUUUCUCGAUUCGUCUCCAUCAUUCGAUUUCGAUCGAAACCCUAGCUUCCUCGCCGACCCAACGGAGGAGCCUGACGAAAACGAUUCCUCCACUACUCUCCUGAGGUACGUCACUCAGAUCCUCAUGGAAGAGAGCGCUGGCGACAAGCAGUCCAUGUUCUACGAUUCCUUGGCGUUACGAAAAACCGAGGAGAUGCUGCAGCAAGUGAUCACCGACUCCAAAGCUCACUCCGCAACAAGCGGGAGCAUAGGGUCGUCGUCGUCGUCGUGGUCGAGUAGUGUACCUGUGCAUGAGAUUGUUGUCAGGAGUAUGUUUAGUGACGCGGAAUCGGAUUUACAGUUUAGGAGAGGGCUUGAGGAAGCUAGGAAGUUUCUUCCUAACAGCGACCAAUGGGUGUUCAAUCUCGAAAAGCCUGCUGUUCAAGUUAUUAAAGAAGAGAGAGUUAAGAAGAGUCACCAGAGAGAAGUUCUUGAUCUUGAAGAACAAGUUAGGAGUAGUAAGCAGUCUGCUACUAACGUUGAAGACGUCGAGGUUACUGAUAUGUUCGAUAAGGUUUUGCUUCUCGAUGGUCAAUGCGAUCCACAAACAUUGUCGUCUCAAGAAACAAUGAGUAACAAAAAGAAGAAGAAGAAGAAGAAGAAGAAGAGUCAGGUUAUUGAUUUUCGCACGCUCCUCACUCACUGCGCGCAAGCAAUCUCCACAGGGGACAAAACCACGGCUCUUGAUCUACUCUUACAGAUAAGGCAAGACUCCUCUCCCAUGGGCGACGCGUCCCAGAGGCUCGCUCACUGCUUCGCAAACGCGCUUGAGGCGCGUUUGCGAGGCAGUCCUGUCAUCCAGACUUACUACAACGCCAUCACCUCGUUGAAAGAGACGGCUUCGGAUAUACUAAAAGCCUACAGAGUCUACCUCUCCUCGUCUCCGUUCGUGACCUUGAUGUACUUCUUCUCCUUCAGGAUGAUCCUCGACGCGGCCAAAGACGCCGAGGUUCUCCACAUAGUCGACUUCGGGAUCCUCUACGGCUUCCAAUGGCCUAUGUUUAUACAGUACAUGUCGGGGCGUAAAGACGUGCCGAGGAAGCUAAGGAUCACCGGUAUAGAGCUGCCUCAGCGAGGGCUGCGUCCUGCGGAGCGUAUAGAGGAGACGGGGAGGAGGUUGGCUGAGUAUUGCAAACGGUUCAACGUGCCGUUUGAGUACAAAGCCAUUGCCUCUCAGCAUUGGGAGACCAUACGGUUAGACGAGUUUAACAUCAGACCGGGCGAGGUUUUAGCGGUUAACGCUGGCCUUAGGCUCAAGACGCUUCAAGACGAGACGGGUGGGGAAGAGACUUGUCCGAGAGACGCGGUUUUAAAGCUGAUAAGGAAGAUGAACCCUGAUGUGUUUGUACACGCGAUUGUGAACGGUUCUUUCAACGCGCCGUUCUUUAUUUCCCGGUUUAAAGAAGCGGUUUAUCACUACUAUGCUUUGUUUGAUAUGUUUGAUUCGACGCUGCCGAGGGAUAACCAGGAGAGGAUAAGGUUCGAGAGGGAGUUUUACGGGAGGGAGGCGAUGAAUGUGAUAGCGUGCGAGGAAGGGGAUAGGGUGGAGAGGCCGGAGACGUAUAGGCAGUGGCAGGUGAGGAUGGUUAGGGCGGGGUUUAAGCAGAAACCGGUUAGGGAUGAGAUUGUGGAGUUGUUUAGGGAGAAGCUGAAGAAGUGGAGGUAUCAUAAAGAUUUUGUGGUUGAUGAAAAUAGUAAGUGGUUGUUGCAAGGGUGGAAAGGUAGGACACUUUAUGCUUCUUCUUGUUGGGUUCCUGCUUAGUGUUUGUAGUUUUUUUUUUUGUUUGUUACACAAGAUCAUGUAAUCUUAGGAAUAAUCUAAUAUAUCUUGUAGGAUUUUGUAGCUCAAGUUCACCCUCAAUAUAUAUUCAAAACAUUUUGUAUUUUUAAAGUGUAAAACGGAAUCUGCCAUAGAGAGAGUUUUUGGUUGUGGUUCAGGCUUGGUUCAA